CAGCAGAAAUAACGUGAAACGUUGUAAAGUAAUGUUGCAGACUUUCUGAAAAUCGCAAAUUGAAACGUACAGACAUGAAAACCACAACUCCUCCCCCUAACGUAUUCCAAAAAGAUUCUGCAUCUCCCCUGCUCACGGGUCUGCUCUAUGCAGGAAGUGCUUCAGUGAUUUAUAUUCGUCUUCCAGCAGAAGCUGCGGCUUUUUUUUCCCCCAAGUCCUUUCUAGCACGAAAGAUGGAACCGAGAAUAGUACUCAGCGUUUUGACUCUUCUAGUCUUAGCAGCAUUUCCUGCCAUGGAAUGCGCGAAAGGAAAAAGAGGACCAAAACUAACAGCCAAGGUGUUCAUUGAUAUCCAGGUGGGAGAGUACGAGGUUGGCAGAAUAGUUAUUGGGCUAUUUGGGGAAGUUGUGCCAAAGACAGUGAACAACUUUAUUGCCCUUGCAACUGGUGAGAAAGGAUACGGCUACAAAGGAAGUAAAUUUCACCGGGUCAUCAAAGACUUCAUGAUCCAAGGAGGAGACUUUACUGCUGGAGAUGGAACUGGAGGUAUGAGCAUCUAUGGAGUGACAUUUCCAGAUGAGAACUUCAAGCUGAAGCACUUGGGAGCAGGGUGGGUCAGCAUGGCCAAUGCAGGCCCAGAUACCAAUGGUUCCCAGUUCUUCAUCACCUUAGCAAAAGCACCCUGGUUGGAUGGCAAGCACGUUGUGUUUGGGAAGGUCCUUGAAGGAAUGUCUGUGAUUCACACAAUAGAACUUCAAGACACAAAUGAUCAAAAUCAACCCUUCCAGGACUGUGUGAUUUUUAACAGUGGUAAGAUAGAUGUGAAAGAACCAUUUGUGCUAGAAUUGGAAGGCUGGUAAAAAGUAAUAAUAAUAAUAAUAAUAAUAAUAGUAAUGUGUGGAAUUAUGCAUGAUCAAAAGUAUAGCUUCGCAAACUAGCAAUAUGUUAAGAUGUAUCAAAAUGUUCAGGACAAAGUUAAAUAAUGUAUUGAUCAUAAAACUUUUAGAUAAAAGGGCUCACAUUUCUGAAACUGAAUUCAGUGCUCUUGGUCUGCCAUGGAUAUUUUGUUAUUUGGCUCAGUUCUCCGCAGUAUUUUAUGCAAUACCGCUGUAAUAACCAUAUGUUGCACUGUUUGUUGUUUCUGCACUAUCCAGGUAUAUUAACCUAGCAACUAACCUGUUCAAUAAUAAUAACUUCAAUAAAAGGCAAUAAUUCAAAGUGAGUGAUUUGGUGUGGAACUGUGGUAGCAUGGAUAUAAUUAUGAAGAUUGUAUUUAAUUUAAAUACUUAACUACUCAAUUCUACUAAGAAAACUAAUGCAAUAUUUUUACGUAGAAAAUAACAUUUUAUAUAUUAUUGUACCACUUACAUAACGAUCAUAUCAAAUUAAGGAUAUUAUGCAUGGUGUCAAUAUUUUUUUGUAUCAUUUUGCUCCAUAUCCUGGAUUAGCAAGGCUUCACGUGGUCAGAUGUGUUUAAUCAAACAAGCAGGAAUUAUUACUAUUAAGCUUUAGUUAACACUAAUCUUGUGUAAUAAAAAUAACAUGCACCUGUAUGUAAAACUAAUGUAGAGUUUAUACAUGCUGUUACAUAAUUGUAUUCAAAUUGUUGUGUAAAAGUGUUGAUGGUGCUAAUGUAUUUUUUUGUUUGUUUUACGCAAACGAAUACAGUCAUUACAAUA